CGGAGAUCACUUUAUUAAUUAUUGAUGUAUAAAUGCCUGGCCCUCUCAAGCAUCCUGUCACUUCCAAACACAAACACUCCACUUAUUUUUAUUGUAACUCAUUCAUGAAUCCAGCGUUAUUUCAAAAGAAAAUUUUGGAGCUUUUCAGUUUUCUCUGCAAUUUCGUAAAAAAUCUGUGAACUCACUUUUCAAGCCCGUAUAUCCAUCUCCAUUUUUCUUUUCCACUUCUUGAAAUUACAAUCCGACUCAAAUUUGCUUUCUUCUUCCUUUAUUUAUAUUUUCUUUUGUGUGUUACACUCUCCAAAAAAACUAUUUUAAUAUAUUUUAAUACAUAGCUCUAGCAUAUUUCCGAUGGCUUUUCUGGCCAUAGAAAACGCCUCCUCCUCCUCAUCUAUUCCUCCUUCUUCUACCCCUGGAUGCAAAUACGACGUGUUUCUCAGUUUCAGAGGCCCCGACACCCGCAACAAUUUCACAGACCAUCUAUACGAUAGGUUGAAACAAGUAGGCAUACCCACAUUUAGGGACGAUGAGAAGCUCGAGCAAGGAACAGAGAUUAACUCAGGGCUCCAGAGAGCAAUAGAUGAAUCGAAAAUCGCUGUUGUCGUUCUAUCCAAACAAUAUGCUUCGUCGAGGUGGUGUUUGAUCGAACUAGCAAAGAUUGUUGAGUGCAUGGACAAGAAGAAGCUGACAGUCCUUCCUGUGUUCCACUAUGUGGAUCCUAGUGAUGUCAGGAAUCAGAGAGGGUCUUUCGCGGAAGCUUUUGCAGAACAUGAAAAUCGAUUCAAAGAAAAGAUUGAUGAUGUGAAGACUUGGAGAGCUGCCUUGACAGCAGUUGCCAGUCUCUCUGGAUGGCAUCUAAAGGAGGAUACAUGGAACUCUUUGUAUGCAUGAUUUGCUUAAAGAAAUGGGUCAAGACAUUGUUCGUUGUGAAUCCCCUGAAGAGCCUGGUAAACGUAGUAGGUUAUGGGCUUAUAAUGAUGUCCUACAUGUAUUGACAAAAAAUACUGGAACAGAUGUAGUUAAAGGCAUAAUGCUAAACAUGCCUUUUGAAGCAAAGGAACGCUUGAGUGCUGAAGCUUUCACAAAGAUGAAAAUUUUGAGAUUUCUUAAAAUUGGAGGUCGUAUCCAACUUCCACAAGGUCUCAGUUAUCUUUCUAACGAGUUACGCAUAAUAGAUUGGCAUGGAUAUCCUUUAAAAUCCAUGCCAACCAGUUUCCAACCAAACAAACUUGUUGAACUGAGAAUGCGUUGCAGUGACAUCAAACAACUAUGGAAAGGAAUUAUGAUUUUAAAUGAGUUAAAACUCAUUGACCUCAGUGAUUCUCAAAACUUAAUUGAGAUCCCGGACCUUAGUGAAGCCCCAAAUCUUAAGCAGUUGUUUCUUAAUGGUUGUACAAGACUGUCUAACAUUCAUCCAUCUCUUGGAGAUCUCAAACAACUUAUUCGAUUGGAUUUGAAUGGUUGUAAACGUCUCAAAAGCCUUCCUCACAAGAUCAGUUUGGAAGCUCUUGAAUUUUUCAAUCUUAGUGGUUGUUCAAACCUUUCAAGUCUCCCUAUUGCAAUUUGUAGUUUGAUGUCUCUUAAAACUCUCAAUUUAUCUAGCUGCUCAAAACUUGAUGAAUUGCCAGAAAAUUUGGGAAAAAUCAAAGGUUUGGAGGUGUUAGACUUGAGUGGGACUGCUAUAACAGGCCUACCUUCAUCCAUUGGUCACUUAAAAAAUCUCAAAGUACUAUCUCUCUCCCGAUGUGUGGGGCUAUCAUCUAAUAAGCUCACGAGGUUUCCUUUAAUGCAACGUAGAAGAAGUCCAGAUCCCAUGGGCAUGCUAGAGGGUUCUUUAAUAGGCUCAUGCUCUUUGACUGCACUUGAUAUAAUUUAUAGAAAUGUUCAAUCAAUUCCUAAUGGUCUUGGGGGCUUGUCAUCUUUAAGAGAUUUAAAUCUAAUGGGAAAUAAUUUUGUUUGCCUUCCUGAAAGUAUCUUUCAACUAUCUAAUUUGACCAAUCUUGAUCUAAGUCAUUGCAAUGUUCAGACAAUUCCUAAUGUUCUUGGGUGCUUGUCAUCUUUAGAAAGAUUAAAUCUAAGUGGAAAUAAUUUUGUUUGCCUUCCUGAAAGUAUCAUUCAACUAUCUAAUCUGAGGUUUCUUCUUAUGAGUGGUUGCGCUCAUCUUCGAAUGUUGCCCAAGCUUCCAUUAAAUAUUGUUUAUGUUGAAGCAAUAAAGUGUACCUCACUGGAAACAUUAUCAUUAAGACCAGAGUCUGAUUUUCGGCCGCACUUAAGACUUCUCGGUUGCGACAAAUUGAUCAAGAAUCAAGACUCCGGUGACCUGUUUUCAACAAUGCUAAGACAUGUUAUCAUUGAUACCCAGGGUCACCAAAAUGAACCCAUUUAUUGUUACAUGGAGAUUCCUGGGAGUGAAAUUCCGAAAUGGUUUAGCCACCAAAAUGUGGGGGGUUCAGUGAAUCUGCAAGUGCCCUCAGAUUUAAUCCGUAACAAACUGAUGGGACUCGCUGUGUGCGCUGUUUUUGUAUUCCGCAAGCAUCAUGGUGAUGGACGUCUUGAGUUUUCCUUAAAUGGACAACCCAUAUUUCGUUUUUCUUUAUCCAACGAAUUUGGUAAGAUUAUAUCGUAUCAGCUUUUGAUGUUAUAUAAUUCCUCCACACGGCUUGCGUUCUGGGACGAGAAAAUACUGAAGAAAUCCGACGCUAACGGAUUCAGCCAGAUUGAAGUUAAAUUUGAAUCCGAGGUUCCAGGAUUGGAGGUUAUGAAAUGCGGGGCCCAUCUGGUAUCCGAGCGAGACAUUGAAGACCUAAAACUAAGGCUAGGCCGAGCAGCUGCAUCAUCACUCCUUAUAAUGAGGACAGUUUUGAGGAUUCAGAAAAAGAUACCAAAAUUAAGCGAAGCCGAGAUGACUCUGAUGGGGAAGGGGCUGGACCUAGUGGACCCAAAGAGGAUAAGACUCCCUAAUCUGAUCGAAAGAAAAAUUCCACGUUUGGGAAAUUGGCUUGGGAAUUCAAGCACACAAGAACAAGGUGACUCUGAUUGCGAGGAAGAGAAAUCCCAGUGAAAUUGGUAUCUUUGAUGAAAUUGGCUGAUCAACUUUUUUGUCUUUGACUUUUUCUACCUCAUACUGGAUAUGAAGAAGUAUUUUAUUUUGACUUUGUUGAAAAGGAGAAACUGUCACGUUGCUGGCUGACGAAAAAGCAUGUGGAACUGAUUGUAUGGUAGUCAUUUUUGUUCAAUUGUGUUGGAUGGUGUAUUGAUGUGGCAGUCCUAUAAAUUGUGUGGAUCACGUCUAGAUUGGCUAAAUCAAUACAAUUGCAUGGAAGCUUCUAUUGCUAGCAACUGCCAAAGCUUGAAUGUGCAAGUGUUGGCUUUGUCACUGCUACAUGAUUUCUUUAUCUAAUAAUCGGGGUCUCAUUUGUCAAUUGAUGGUUGAUAAUGGAGAAAGAUAUAGGCAAAAUUGUUUGUGAAGCAAGACCCUGUAGAUCUAGAAGCUAUGUUGAAGAAGUUCAGCCUAAAAGAUUCAGAUUACACAUUGAUUCCACGCUUAAGGACGAGGGGAAACGAGAUGUACAAUAUCCUCUUGCAUUGCUGCCUUCAUUACUUUUGAGCUUUUCCUUCUAAGCUACUGAAUUUUUCUUGCAGAUGAAUUCAAAGAUUGUUGACUACAACGGAUUGAUUAGUUUCCACAGAAAGCAAUGGAUUCUUGGAGUUGAAAAGUUUAUUCAUACAUUAAGCUGCAAAGGUUUAAUUCACUGAAUGAUUAGUCUAAGGCCAUUGUCUUGUGAGGUCAAUGAUAGGGAAGAAGGACCAUGCCAUGCCUUAUUACCUUAUCAAGAAACCAAGAUUAGAUAAAUGGGCCAUGGGAUGCUUGACAGCAGAGAUGAUCGUCCUACUACCAGUAGUACGGGUUUUGGUGCUACUACCACCACUAAUCGGUCUUUGGGUGUCUCUGGGGUUGAGGCUUAUGAUGAUGAUGGAGUGGAACUGGUUUCAGAAAUUCAAAAGAUCAAAAAAAUCCCACAAAGAUCACCUGAAAGCAUGUUUGGAGCAAUGCCAGAAACCUUUGGAGGAGAAUAUAAUUGUUUAUUUGGGGAUAGUUUGUGGGAAGACCCACAUUGCUUACUGCUUAUACACAAGCUGAGUCACUUGAUAAGGAAGCCCAAGAAGAAGAUAUGCAUCUUUUUGCCCCUAUGGUGGUGCUGGUUCAGCAGGGGUGUGCAGAUUGUUGUUGACACUGCGUCUCCUGCAGAUCAUGCUCAUGUAACCAGGCAAAUGCCAGUGAAUUGAGUGUUAUCUUCUGGAGGUAAAGAGGACUUGCCAAUGACUGCAGAAAUGGUGGUUGGUUCUGCUUCUGCUGAUGACUGUGCUGUCCUUUGAUGAGUUCAGCUGCUAAGUGGGGAAAGAGGCUUUUCAUAGGAUGUAUUCCAAUUGAAGCUACUAUUGAUAAUGUGCAGUUGCAUUUCAGUCAGUUUGGCCUUGCUUUGGACUUGUAUCUUUCCAUGGAUGAAAGAAUGACAUGUCAUAGGGGAUUUUGAUUUUGUGACAUUUGCUGAUGAAAUUUUAGCUGAGUAUGCUUCUCAAAAAGUACAUAGGAUACUUGGGCAGAGGUGUGUCCUAGAUGUCAUCAUGAUAUGCCUCUUGUCGGUAUUGGGACGUGCUUGGGCCUAAUAGGCACUCAUGUGGAUAGCCAGAGUAUCAAAGGAAAGAGCCUUAGAAAUUCCUUAUUAUCUCUGAGAAACUCAAGAAUUCUUGGAGAGGUCAAAACAGAGGAAAGCAUAUGAAGAGUUUGAGAAAAGAUGUCAAGUUUAGGUUGAUGUUUAAAGGAAGUGCUACAACUUUAUCCUAAACAGAGUUCUCCGUUGUAACUGGUUUGUGCCUUGUUUCUUCCUUCAUGACCUCUGGUUAAAAGUUUGCUAGUAGCUGGGUUUGUGAUUGUUUUGUUUGUAAAAACACAAUGUUGGGUAUGAUUAGCACCAAUCAGGUGCUGUAGUUUAGUCUAAAGACUCGCGUCUCUAUGUAGAUCUAGGUUGGGAUGAUAUAAAAUUGUUUUCAUGUUGAGAAAGGAGUUUAUGUCAGGGCAGAUGCCUUUGUUGUAGUGGACUAGCUAAAGUCUCAGUGUUUGAAGUGUUUCUGUUUGUA